CCGUUGCCAUGGCACCCCAUCACUAAGGUCCCCCCAUCGCCAUGGCAACCAGUCACCAAGGCCCCCCAUCACCAUGGCACCCCAUCACUUCGGUACCAUGUUGCUAAGGCGCCCCGUCACCAUGGCACCCUGUCACCAACGUCCCCUGUCACCAUGGCACCCUGUCACCAACGUCCCCCGUCACCAUGGCACCCCAUCACCAAGGUCCCCUGUCACCAUGGCACCCCGUCACCAUGGCACCCUGUCACCAACGUCCCCUGUCACCAACGUCCCCCAUCACCAUGGCGCCCCGUCACCUCGCACCCCUCUCCAUGGCACCCCGGUGCCCUGCACCCCCAGGAGCUGCGCAGCGGCUGCUUCUGGCGGGCCGUGCUGGCGGAGGCGACGGCGACGCUCAUCUUCGUGGGGGUGGUGCUGGGCGCCUCAGCGGCCCCCGGCCCCCUGCCACCGGCGCUGGCGGGGGGCUUGGUGGCCGCGGCGCUGGCCUGCACCCUCGGGGCGCCCCAGGCCAACCCGGCGCUGACGCUGGCGCUGCUCUGCACCCGCAAACUGAGCGCCCUGCGCGGGGCCGCCGCGCUCCUGGCCCAGUGCACCGGGGCCGUGCUGGCCUCCGCCGCCGCGCGCUCGGCGCUGCCGGACGAUGCCAGCCUGGUCACCAGGGUGAGAGCGGCCCCCGGCCCCAUGCCUGUCCCCGGCCCGGUGCCGGCAGGCGCUGAGGCCGUGCUGUGGCCACAGGUGAGCGCGGCAGGGACAGCGGGGCAGGCGUGGGGCUGGGAGACCUUCGCCACCUUCCAGCUGGCGCUCGCCGCCUUCGCCACCGCUGACCGGGCAUCCGGCCCCACCGGGCUGGCCCUGGGCAGCGCUGUGGCUGCCGGCGCCCUGGCUGCGGGGCCGUUCUCAGGGGGCAGCAUGAACCCAGCCCGCUCGCUGGGGCCCGCCAUCGUCACCGGCAUCUGGGACGACCACUGGGUGAGUCGGUGGCACCCCCAGGUGUCGUGUCCCCUUCCCCCCUUCCUCAAGACCCUGCUGUGGGGACAGGGGCCCCUGGCGGCAUCGCGGAACUCCCCCGUCCCAUCGUUCCCCCAGGACAGGGAGCUCUUCUCACCCUCAGCUGCACCCCCAGAUUGGGUCCUCCUGGUGCCGCCAGCACAGGACCAGGUCCCCCCGUCCCCAGCCUUGGGGUAGGGCCCUCCUGGUGUCCCCAUCCCAAACGUGGGACCCCCCCCCCCGGGCCCUCACCCCUAGUGCAGGUCCCUCCAGUCAGCCUCUGUCACCAGUGUGCCCCCC